GGCUCGGGGCCGCUCACACUGCCCCAGACCGGUCAGGCUACUGCAUGCCUGUAUCUGCACGCGGGCUUGCUCGGGACAGCGGGGACCCAGGGCCAACAGCGCCUGAUCCUGAGAGCGGCGGCUGCGGCUGCUGUUGCUAAGGGAGGGGACGCGCGGGGUAGCGCGACCCGAAAAGCAGAGGCACCGAGCGCGCCGCGCCAGGGCGCCCCCUCCUCGGGACCCUCCCCGCGCCGCGCGCCGGCCGUGAAGGCGCCGCGAGAUCAGACCCCACCCCGGAGCAAGCCCCAAGGAGCGGUCGCAACCCCGGAGCGCCCCUGGGAUUCUUUUCUUUGCGAUUAGCCUUCCAUCGCUGGGACCUUCUCCAGGGGCCCGUGCGCUGCAGCCAUCUCCAGGCGCCUAGGAAGGAGGACCCCAGUUCGGGGAAGUCCCGGCCUCGGAAGGCGCGGCAAGGAUUGGUGGCGCCCCGCGGACCCCAGCCCCCCAGCGCGUGCCGGGGAUGGAGCCGCAGCCCGGCGGCGCCCGGAGCUGCAGGCGCGGGGCCCCCGGCGGCGCCUGCGAACUGGGCCCGACGCCCGAGACGGCGCCCAUAAACCUGGCCAUCCACAGCACCACCGGAACCCGCUACGACCUGUCGGUGCCGCCCGACGAGACGGUGGAGGGGCUGCGCAAGCGGCUGUCCCAGCGCCUCAAAGUGCCCAAGGAGCGCCUGGCGCUGCUCCACAAAGACACCCGGCUCAGUUCGGGGAAGCUGCUGGAGUUCGGCGUGGGGGAUGGCAGUAAGCUGACGUUGGUGCCCACCGUGGAAGCGGGCCUCAUGUCCCAGGCCUCAAGGCCGGAGCAGUCUGUCAUGCAAGCCCUUGAGAGUUUGACAGAGACCCAGCCCCCAGCAGCGCCUGGGCCGGGCCGGGCUGGCGGAGAAGGCUUCCGGAAAUACAGAUUCAUUUUAUUUAAGCGUCCGUGGCACCGACAGGGACCCCAGAGCCCAGAGAGGGGCGGCGAGAGGCCCCAGGUCAGUGACUUCUUGUCCGGCCGCUCACCGUUGACCCUGGCUUUGCGGGUCGGGGACCACAUGAUGUUCGUCCAGCUGCAGCUUGCGGCUCAGCAUGCCCCACUACAGCACCGCCAUGUAUUGGCUGCUGCAGCUGCUGCAGCCACUGCUACCCGCGGAGAGUCCAGCAUAGCCACCCCCGUGUCCUCGACCUGCCGGCCAGUGUCCAGUGCCGCCCGCGUUCCCCCAGUGCCCACCAGCCCUUCUCCCGCCUCUGUCACAGCCGGCACCUUCCGAUCCCACGCAGCCUCCGCCACCUGCCCUGAGCAGAUGGAUUGCUCCCCACCUGCCAGCAGCAGCGUCAGCCCCGGAGCCAGCACCCCUUCUAUCCCGGGGGGCAGUCCUACCCCCCGAUCCCGCAAACCCGGCGCUGUCAUCGAGAGCUUCGUGAACCACGCCCCGGGGGUCUUCUCAGGGACCUUCUCUGGCACGCUGCACCCAAACUGUCAGGACAGCAGUGGGCGGCCACGCCGCGACAUCGGCACAAUCCUCCAGAUUCUCAAUGACCUCCUGAGUGCCACGAGGCACUACCAGGGCAUGCCCCCCUCGCUGACCCAGCUCCGCUGCCACGCGCAGUGCUCACCUGCCUCACCAGCCCCCGACCUCACCCCCAAAACUACCUCCUGCGAGAAGCUGGCGGCUGCAACCUCAGCCUCCCUGCUGCAAGGCCAGAGCCAGAUACGCAUGUGUAAGCCCCCUGGGGAUCGGCUGCGUCAGACGGAGAAUCGGGCCACACGCUGCAAGGUAGAGCGACUUCAGCUCUUGCUGCAGCAGAAGCGCCUGCGCAGGAAGGCCCGUCGGGACGCCCGCGGUCCCUACCAUUGGCCGCCCAGCCGGAAGGCUGGUCGCAGCGACAGCAGUAGCAGCGGGGGAGGUAGCAGCCCCAGUGAGGCCUCUGGCCUGGGCCUUGACUUCGAGGACUCUGUUUGGAAGCCAGAAGUGAACCCUGACCUCCAGUCUGAGUUCGUGGUGGCUUAGGAUCUGGCACACUCUCACCCCUCCUCAAGCUUUGGCCCAAGGUGGACAUGCACCGAGCCGAGUUGCCACCACCACCAAGACAUCGCACUCGGCCCAGUGCCAAGGCCCAGCUCUGGAGGGCAGGCGGUCACCUCCCUCCUGACCCACCUACCAGCCUUUUUCUUUUUUAAAUUCUCACCGUGGUGGUACCUCCUGCAUCCCACUCCCACCUCUUGUCUCUGCCGGCGGCGGCGGCGGCGCUGGGUCCUUCCCUCCCACUUUCCCCAGCUCCAAUAUGUAGCAGGCUGUCCAGAUGGCAGGCUGGAGGAGGGAGGAGGCCAGGAAGCCGCCCCUGCCCCUCUUCCGCUGCGCCCUCACCCCUCCCGCCCUCCGCCUCCCCGCACCCAUUCAGGUUUUAAGUCAAAAAUGUAGACGCCUCAUUAUGCACUUUACAGAUGAGGGGAGGGGGCUGCGGAGACAAGACUCCAUCCCACCCCCCUACUGCAGGCUUCUGGCCUCCACCCCGGGCCAGCAGGACCCGCAUAUCACCGGGAGCAAAGCCACAGGAGGGGACUGUUUUCCACUUCUGUCCUUUCCUUGGUCUCUCUUUUUUCUUUUUUCUUUUUUUUUUUUUCCAUGUAAAUCCGUGUUCAGCAGAGUCUGGCCCAGAGCUGGGGGUGGAGGGUAUGCUUUGGGCUCAGGCAAAGGUCCUUGGGGACCUUUUCCUGCCAAAAAUGGAAACGGGGACCAGCCCUGGCCCACCCUCUCCAGUCGCCGGCCGCAACUGUGCCCCUUUCCUCCACCUCCUGUCCCCACCCCCACCCCCACCCCCACAUCCCACUUCCCUGACCUCUUGCCUGAGUUUGGGGACUAUUUAUAGACUUAUUAAUUUUCUGACUGAGCCAAUACUGGUUGGGAAUGGCUUGAAAACCAGGAGAGAAAAGGUAGGGGUCUGGGGAGAUGCCCCCCACCCCUUCUUCCUUUCCAGCCCAGCCUGAGGGAUAUGAGGUGUGGACUGUCUGGGGAUUCUCUGGAGCCAGCUGGGGAGGGGGGUGCUGAGCUGUGAACGCCCCAUGGGGCUGGGCUGUGUAGCAUUAAGCCCCCCUGGGGUCCGCUGCUGGUCUAUUUAGGACCCUCCCCACUCAGUGCCCAAGCCCUGGGGGUCUUGGGACCCAGGGACCGGGGGAGAGACCCUCUACUAGGGCCAUUUCAAUGAGGGUGGAGGAUUUUUGUGUUUUUUUUUUUUUUUCCCCAUUCACUUUUAAUUUUUUUUUAUGGGAAGUUUGGGCCCGCCCCCACCUGUCAGUCUUACCUGGCCCCACCUGUGGUCCCCUCCCCUUUGUUCUUGUAGGUGAACCCCAAGUCCUUCCUGCCCUCGUCCCGUGUUUAAAGUUAAAUGGUUUCAGAAGUGAACAUCAUGUGUUAACUGUAGUUGUAAAAUUUUUUGUGGGGGUGGGAGGGUAGGGAUGGGGUCCCAGAUGGUAGAGGUCAAGGAUUUGGUUUUUUUUUAUUAUUAUUUUUUUGUUUGUUUUUUGGGUUUUUUUCCAAAAGGAGAAAAAAAGGGGGGUGCAUUUGUUUUUUGAAAAACUGUCUUGUAUACCUAUUUAAAUGUGUUCUGUUUUUUAAACGAUUUUUAAAUAACGCCCGUGCCUCCGCGGGUCUGAGGGUGGAGGCCCCAGACAGAACCGGCCGGAAGUUCUCUGCCCUCCCUCUCAGGGUCCCCCCUAGAAAGCAUUACACACCACCCUCAGGGGUCGGGCUGUGGGGGUCCUGGCACCGCGCGAGUAUGCUGUAUGAAAAUUGGAAGGAAAAAAAAAAAAAAAAAAAGCCCUACACACAUCUUGAUUUCCAGUAAUAAACAAAAUAAAA